UUGCUAAUAUAAAGAUUAUGUAUUUGAAAUAUACUUGAAUUAAGACACCAAAAAAUACCUUUUGAGUGUGACCAGAUUGCUGUCUUCUCUCCCCCUGCCCCUCCUCCUCCUUCCGGUACUAGGGUCUUCUAUGCCAGACAAGUGCUCCCUCGCUCAGCUACCUUUCCUCCCAUUUCCCAUGUUGAGACUGGGUCUUGCCUUGUUGCUCAGGAUAGCCUUAAACUGUAGCCCAGGCAGGCCUUGAACUCCCAGUCCUUUUACUUACCCUCCUUAGGAGCUGGGAUUAUAAACCUGUUAGCAGGCCUGGUGUGGAUUAUGCUUUUCUUAGAAAAGAAAUCAUAUUCAUAAAUAAACAUUUCUAAGCGCUUGUGGUGCUGGGUAUGAAUGAGCUCAGGGUCUUGUGCAUGCUAGGCAAGUUCUCUACCACUUGAGCUACAUCCCAGUUCAGUAUGCAUCUUUAAUGUGGGAAGGAUUUAUCCAGUAACAGUUUUCUUUUUUUUUUAAACAGUUUUUUUGGGUUUUUGUUUCUUUUUUUUUAAGAUUUUAUUCAUUUAUCAUGUAUACAGUGAAUGUUCAGCCUGCAGGACAGAAGAGGGCACCAUAUCUCAUUGUAGAUGGUUGUGAGCCACCAUGUGGUUGCUGGGAAUUGAACUCAGGACCUCUGGAAGAACAGCCAGUGCUCUUAACCUCUGAGCCAUCUCUCCAGCCCCACAGUUUUCUUUUUUGAGACAGGGUUUUACUGUGUAAUCCAGGGUGGUCUUGAAUUUACCAUCCUCCUGCAUUGCCUCCUGAGUGUUGGAAUGACAGAUAAACAUUACCAUACUUGGCCAGUCUGAUAUUUUGGCAAAAAUACAGUACUUAUUUCACUACAGUCAGUUUUUAUAUGCUUCAGUUAAGCCAAUGAGUUUUUAAGCUGCCAUAUGGCAAAAUUGAUCCCAGGAAAAAAAUGUUCUCAUUAUUGUAAGGAUGGUAACUUGUGCAUCUUUAUCCUUGAAUUUGAAGAACAACAAAACCAUCGCUAAUAUCCAGGAUGUCAGGGGAUUUUCCACCUAGCGGAUAUGGUUAAUGUUCGGGGUGUAUUGCACCAUUCCCGUUUUAAGAACAGACAUCAUGAUCGAGAGGGUUUGCUGAGCAUGGCAAAUGCAGGCCCCAAUACAAACGGUUCUCAGUUCUUUAUCACAACAGUUCCAACUCCUCAUUUGGAUGGGAAACAUGUGAUAUUUGGUCAAGUCAUUAAAGGACUAGGUGUGGCAAGGAUGCUUGAAAAUGUAGAAGUGAAUGGUGAAAAACCUGCCAAACCGUGUGUUAUUGCAGACUGUGGAGAACUGAAAGAUGGGGAUGACUGGGGAAUAUUCCCCAGAGACGGCUCUGGUGAUAGUCAUCCUGAUUUCCCCGAGGAUGCAGACAUAGACCUCAAAGAUGUAGAUAAAAUUUUAUUAAUAUCUGAAGACUUAAAAAACAUUGGAAAUACUUUUUUCAAAUCUCAGAACUGGGAGAUGGCUAUUAAAAAAUAUGCAAAGGUUUUAAGAUACGUGGACAGUUCAAAGGCUGUGAUUGAGAAAGCAGAUACAGCCAGACUGCAACCUAUAGCCUUAAGCUGUGUACUGAAUAUUGGUGCUUGUAAAUUGAAGAUGUCCAAUUGGCAGGGAGCAAUUGACAGUUGUUUGGAGGCUCUUGAAAUGGACCCAUCAAAUACCAAAGCACUAUACCGCAAAGCGCAAGGAUGGCAAGGAUUAAAAGAAUAUGAUCAAGCAUUGGCUGAUCUUAAGAAGGCACAGGAGAUAGCCCCAGGAGAUAAAGCUAUCCAGGCAGAGUUGCUUAAAGUCAAACAAAUGAUAAAGGCACAGAAAGAUAAAGAGAAGGCGGUGUAUGCAAAAAUGUUCGCUUAAAAAUAAUUAAACUUUGCUUAAACAUUAUACAUUAAUGAUAAUGUAAGUUACUGUCUACAUAUGAUCCCUGAUAUGUUUCUCUUGAUUUUUUGUCAUCAUUGCUUACGUAGAAGUACUGACAUAGGUUUCUUCUUAAUAAAGUGUUACAAAAUGCA